AUGUCCGACAGCAGCUUCCCCACAGAGUUCCUCCUCCUGCCAUUCGCAGACACACGCGAGCUGCAGCUCCUGCACUUCGGGCUCUUCCUGGGCAUCUACCUGGCUGCCCUCCUGGGCAACGGCUUCAUCCUCACAGCCGUAGCCUGCGACCACCACCUCCAUGCACCCAUGUACUUCUUCCUCCUCAACCUCGCCCUCCUCGACCUGGGCACUAUUACCACCACUAUCCCCAAAGCCAUUGCCAAUUCCCUGUGGGAUACCACGACCAUUUCCUAUGCAGGCUGUGCUACCCAAGCCUUUCUGUUAGUCUUUUUCAUCUCAGCAGAAUUUUAUAUUCUCACCAUCAUGGCUUAUGACCGCUACAUUGCCAUCUGCAAACCCCUGCACUACGGGACAAUAAUGGACAGCAGAACUUGUGUCAACAUGGCAGCAGCUGCCUGGGGCAGUACUUUUCUCUAUGCUGUGCUGCACACUGCCAAUAGCUUUUCCCUCCCCCUCUGCCAAGGCAAUGCCCUGGACCAGUUCUUCUGUGAAAUUCCCCAGAUCCUCAAGCUCUCCUCCUGCUCAGAUGCCUACCUCAGAGAAGUUGGGCUUGUUGUGGUUAGUGCUGUUUUAGCAUCUGGGUGUUUUGUUUUCCUUGUGGUGUCCUAUGUGCAGAUCUUCAGGGCUGUGCUGAGGAUUGCCUCAGAGCAGGGCCAGCACAAAGCCUUUUCCACAUGCCUCCCCCACCUGGCUGUGGUCUCCCUGUUUCUCAGCACUGCCUUUUUUGCCUACCUGAAGCCCCCCUCCAUGUCCUCCUCGUCCCUGAAUCUUUUGCUGGCAGUUCUGUACUCAGUGGUGCCUCCAGCAGUGAACCCCCUCAUCUACAGCAUGAGGAACCAGGAUCUGAAGGAUGCUAUUUGGAACCUCAUGACUGUUUUUCAGAAGCGAUAA